AACUGUUUCUCAAAUUUAAGACGAUGACUCGUACUUGUGAAAAUUUCGGCUAUAUAAGACCAAUUUUUUAUACAAUCAACAACAUAUUUCGAGGAGACGAUUAAUUGAAAGACGGCUAAAAUGUUUUCGAUCGUAGCUGUUGUACUGGCUGUAGCACAGACUGUACUGACGACCCCUGUAGCGCAUUAUGGUGGCGGCGGUGGUUGGGGUGGUUUUUCCGGAAGAGGAUUUUAUGGUCCACCAGCAUAUUAUCCACAAUCGUAUCCAUCUCCUUAUGCAAGUCCAAGACCUCCACCAUUUUAUCCACCUGUUGGCCCAUAUGCUUAUUAUCCAGCCGUGAAUCCAAAUCCUUAUUAUCAAGCUCCAGUUCCGGCUCCAUAUUCAAAUCCCCCACUUGCAUCGACUCCUGCACAUCCAAAUCCGCCACUCCCAUCAACUCCUGCACAUCCAAAUCCUCCACUUCCGGAAACGGGCACAACAACAACUACUACCACUACUGCUGCUGCAAGUACUGAAACAACUACAACAACCGAAGCGACUACAGCAACUGAAGCGACUACAACAACUGAAGCGACCACAGCAACUGAGGCUACUACAACAACCGAAGCGACUACAACAACUGAGGCGACUACGACAACCGAAGCGACUACGACAACCGAAGCGACUACGACAACCGAAGUGACUACGACAACCGAAGCGACUACGACAACCGAAGCGACUACAACAACCGAAGCGACUACAACAACUGAAGCAGCCGCUGAACCAUAGUCACUAAGCUAUGAAAUUCGUAAGUACAAAUUGCAAUGUUGUUAAGCGAAAAAUCGUAUGUGCAAAUAAACUGAAGUAUUCCUCAAAAAAUA